GCGAAACGGCAGAUGCGUUUGUCCUGCGAAAGCUGAUCAAAAGCGGGGUUUUCCCAUUCUCUCAAUCCUUCGCUCUGUUGAUUGGGAGAAUUCUUGCGGGCUACUGGGCUCAUAUUUCGCUUCUUUGGAAAAGUCCUUUAGCAAUUAGCAGUAUCUACCUAGUUGUGCUGCGGACUGCAAUACUGCACUUUGUGGUUCUUUUUCGUUGCUAGUUGGAAGUCGUUUGUGACUAAACUUACCGAAGUUCGUAUAUUGCAGUUUCUCCAUUACUAUUUAUUUCCUGAAUCCCUUCAACAUGACUGUCGUCCAUUCGUUCGUCGCUUACAUUAUCGAAUUAUGGCACGAAUUUGUGGCUUACGUCACCCACGAGGAGAAGAAAGGUAAAAGCGGAUUUUGGCACAGCAUUCAGACGUACCUGAUCGCGAUUCCCAUUGGCGGGAUUUUGACCGCGCUGGCGAUCGUUGCCCUGGUCGCUGCGUUGCUCCUGAUGGUGCCAAUCUGCCGCUUGUUCGGAUAUGAUCUGGGUGGUUUGUUUGCGAAAAAACAGGCUCACCUGCAGGCCAAAUGGAAGCCCGCUACUUGGAUUCCGUGCUUUUGCGAUUUCCAUUCGGCCAAACAGAAAUGGGUUAGCAAUAAAUCAGCGGAGGAAGUGCAUGGAGAAAUUGUGAGCGCACUUAAAAAGCUGGAGCACGCGAAGGACAACGUUAGCGGCGACAAAUUUGAAGUCAUCAAGGCUGAUAACAAAAAACUGGAAGUCGUGGCGCAUUGCUUCAGUAAGAACAAGUGGCUGGAUAUCGUGGACAUCAAGACGGAAAUAGGACCGGAUAUGGGCGGGGCUGUUGUUCGUGCUGGCUCUUCUUCCACCGGUGCGGCGCCACUGAUUCUGCCUCCAUAUAUUGGCGUUCUAACCAGCGCGGCGUUAUUCUGGCUGCCGUUUUCGGAUUUCGGCAGCAACGUGAAGCGUUUGGAUCGUCUGCGCUCCAUGGUGCACAGUGUCCAGUUGGCCCACGAUGAAGACGCGGUUGCUGCAGGAAAUCAUAAUAAGAAAGAAUAAUUCUAUUGGCGUCGAACAUUUACUCGAAACCAUAUGGUAUGAAUUUUGUCUGUUUUUCUGUUUUUUGUACCUGGCACAUACCGCACGGCGCUUCACGAGCAUUUCCCUGGUUUUUGGUUUUUCCUACGCCCGCUUUUUUCGUCGGGUUGUUUCUUAUUAGUUUCUUAAAUUGUGCCACGUUGGCGCUACUGGGUGAUUUUUUUGGAUUUGAAUAAUAUAUGUAUUUGGCUCUAAUUAAAAUCUGGGAG